GGAGAAACCGGCCGGCGCUGAUCGGCGGCGUCGCGACCGCCGCACCGCACGCUACUCUGCCGCGCACAUACUCUCAGUCAGUGUCGUCUGGGAAUCCAUUCGAGCAGACCGCUUCGUCGCUUUUUAUUCCUCGUUCUCUUUAUCUCGCCCCCCUUUGACUUCAGUCGUUUUGAUUGAUCGGCGGCAAGCAAGUAACGACUCCUGAACGUUCGUGUGGUUGUUUCCCUCCUAUCAGAUAGAGCUUCGGCAGCUUUUGUUGUAUUUAGCAAAUCAAUCGCGUAACAGCACACGAUGACGAUGGCCACGGAAACGGAGAACAACGGGCCACAGGCUGAGACUAAUAAGGACAUAAAAGAUAUGAAAGAGAUGAAGGAUGCGCUUAAAGACGAGACGCCGCCCGAUAACAAGCAAGACGAGGCAGCCAAGGACGCGGCUAAGGAUGAAAAAAAAGAAGACUCUGAAAAGAAAAAGCCCGAGGACGCUCAAGCUGAGGCAGCGGUAACUUCGGCCGCCGCCGACGCCAACGCCACCCAAGCGGCCAAGGCGCCCCAAGUCCACAAGCCCAAUUUCGAGAAGGAUAUCGUCUAUCUCUAUCAGUUCCCCAGGACGCCACUUUUACCGAGCCUUUCGCCAUUCUGCUUCAAGGUCGAAACCUGGCUCAGACUCAACGGCAUCAAGUUCGAGAACGUAGACCACAAGAUGAAGUUCCGCUCGAAGAAGGGCAACUUGCCGUUCGUCGAGCUGAACGGCGAGGAGAUCGCCGACAGCAAGAUCAUACUGCGCGAGCUGGGACAGAAGUUCGGCAAGGACAUCGACGCAUGUCUGAGCACCGAGCAGAAGUCCAUAUCUCACGCGACGAUAUCGAUGAUCGAGAACCACCUGGUCUGGGUGGUCGCGUGUUGGCGCACCAAGAACCUCGACCUCAUACUCAAGGGCUACAAGGUCAAUCUCCAGCACACCCUUGGCACUCGCAUCCCGAACAGCAUCCUAAACUUCUUCUUCAAGUUCACUUUUGGACGCAAGUUGGAUUGGUUGCAGGGUGCCAAGAAGGUCAAGGCCCAGGGCAUGGGCGUGCACACGCCCGAGGAGGUGCUUCAGUUCGGCUGCGACGACCUCAAGGUGCUCUGCGACAUGCUCGCCGACAAGCCGUUCUUCUUCGGCGACGAGCCAACUAUGCUGGACGUUGUCGCGUUCGCCAACCUUGCGCAGAUCUUGUACAUCGACAAGGAGGUGUCGUUCGCUCUCCGCGAUUAUAUGCAAGAUAAUUGCGCAAACUUGGUCGGCCACUGCUCCAGGAUGAAGGAACGUUGCUUCCCCGACUGGGAAGAGAUUUGCUCGACCCUCGACAUGAACACGCAUCUGCCGAAACCCGAGAAGACAGAAGAGAAGGAAGGCAAAGAAGAUGCUAAAGAGACCAAGGAGUCCAAGGAAGAAAAAGAAGGUGAUAAGGAAAAAGCCGACAAGGAAGAAAAAGACGUCGAGAAGGACAAGGAAGUCGACGAGAACAAGGAGAAAGAAAAGGAAGGAAAAUAAGUUGAUCAACGCUAGACCGAGAUUCACUCGGCCCAACUAUUGUGUAUCGGAGGAGAGAGAGAUUUUUAAUGAGACAGAUUAUGAGGAGAGAGAAAGAGAGAGAGAGAGCGAAAAUUUAUAUUUAGUGUAUGUUGUGGACUAUUUUAUAUACUCGAUGCUCUCUAAUUAAUCUUAAGAUCGAGAGGAGGGGCUCGAUAAAAACAUGUAUGUGUGUUUUAUUUUUUUUUUCUCCUUUUUUUUAUGAUUUCAUAACGAUCAAAUGAGGAAAAAAGAUAAAAAAUGAUAUAUAAUUAAGGAGUUUUUGUAACGAGGAGAGAGUAGGAAGAGAAUUUGAUUUUUCUUCCUGCUCUCUCUCUCUCUCUCACUGCCGCUCUAAAAAAACUUGUGUUUUUAUUUUUUUGUACUAUUGUAAGUUUUUUUCUUCUAUUUGUUUAAUUUUAUGCAUUGCAAUUUUUUUAUAUCGCCACGUAUAUGUAUAUAUAUAUGUGUAUAUAUAUAUGUGUGUGUAUACAUGUGUGUAUAUAUUUAUGUACACACAUACGUAUUGUAAUAACAUACAAAACGAGGCGGAAAUACAAAAAACUCUCACAGUAUUCUUUUCUUUUUGUCGCGCGUAGAGACUUCUAAAAGAUUUUUUUUAUUCCUUCUCAUCAAUUUCCGUUCUCUCCCUCUGGCGGAUAUUUGAUUAAAUGUUCAUGUUUUUAAUUAUCCUUUAAUUCGAGUCAUUAUAGUAAAAAAGCCAUAGUGUGUAUAACUGCAAUAUUAAACGAAUGCAAUAGCCUGUGUCGCUAUAAGGACGAAACGGGGAAUGUGGGGGGAAAUUCGCUGUUUUACAAUAUGUGAUGCGAGGUUAAAAAACUUUUUCUCGAAAAAUAUCAUUAUUAUAUAAUUAUAAUUACCUUUGUACGUAAGAAACAUUUUUUCUAAAAACAAGAACAACACGACGAUAAAAUAUAUAAACUCGGUCUCUUGCUGAACGAAGUUACCAGACGACGAAUCUUUUUAUACUCGGUAAAUAAAAAUAAAAGAAAUGCUUUUUUGUAUGAAAAAUAACAAAUUCUACGAAAGUAACAAUUGUAAUAGACUUUUUUAACAAAAUGAAGCGAAUCACCCUUCCAAAAAAAAAAAAUAAAAACAAAGAUUUUUAGCCUCCGGUGCGUCUACAAUUAUUUUUUCAAUCGUCAAAUUAUUACAAAUGAAUAUAAUCUCUCUCGUCGAUAUCACGAUCUUGUCGCAAAUGGUAAAAAAAAAGAAAUAAAAGAACAACAGCGUAUAUUUAUUAGAGAAAGAACUGAGAAAACGUCGCAGAUUAGCCUCGCUAGUCCAUGAAAAAAAACUCUAACUCAAACGUAAAUAAGGCAGGUGCGUAAAAUACGCGAAAAGGAAGAAGGAAGAACGCACGUCUGCGACGAAGCGACGACACGCAAACACGCAUUUUUGCAUUUACACAUGUAUACCCUUUACACAUGUACACGCUAAAUAUGCUUUAUUAAUUAGAAAAUAAAUGGAAAAAAAAAAGAAUUUGAGGAUUGAGUAGCGGGCUAGACUGUGAUGAUUUAAAGAGUCGACAAUUGCAUCGAAGGAUUUUGUCAGACGCGUUAGUUUAUAGGGAUAAAAAAAGAAAAAAAUGAAGAAACAUUUGAUUGGAUUGAGCAGAAGUUUAUGAAAUUUUAUGACAAAAAGAAAGAAAGAAAGAUGAGAUAUGCUAUUGUAUUUGUAGAAUAAGAGCACGAGAUGCGACGAAAACAAAAAGUCUCUCGGCUCGCGACUGAGUCUUUGUGAGCGUCGCGAACAAAAAAUAAAUAAAUAAGCGCGCGCGCUUCUGGUAUUGAAAAAAAAUUUGUAAUGUACUUUUGUUCGCGUAUACGUGUGAAAGAAACUUUAAAACGGUGCGGAAGUUGAUAGCUGGCUUAUCAUUUCUUAAGCGUGUCUACUGAUUGUGGUGCGACAACAGCGACGAAAGAACGAUGCUUUUUUUUCGUCGAAGAUAGUCAGCCUUCGAGAAAAAAUCAACCUUCGUAUAUUUCUUAAGUGUGAUUGUUUAUACUUUGAAUUAGUGCAUUUUUCUCUAGACAAAGUCACAUUAACGCGACAAGUACAUUACAAAGGCGACAGUAGAGCGCGCGUACGCAACAUUGUAACAUCCAUAAUAUCGCCUUUUAGUGCCGAGACAUGGACGCCCGAUUGUCUUUCUGUUUGCAUUGCGCAAUCUCUCUUUCUCAGUCUAGCUAACAAAAAAAUAAAACAAAUAAAAAGAAACACAAGGUACAUCUACCCGCGCAAAAAUGGACAUAGAACAAUCUCCUUUUUUGCACAGGUACCAACGCCUAGUACGAGAUAUAUCAGGCGACCUCGGCUCGGCGCGGCGCUCAAAAAUUUUUGAUUGUCAAAGCGACGACGCUCGUUGUUCAUAUUGCAUUGGCGCUUGAACUCAUUAUUAUAAAUGUGCAACACAUACACACACACACACACACACACACACACACACACACACACACACACAGCCACGCGUUACACAUACAUGUUCUCACACGCGGCACGAAGCCAUUUUCUCAUUCUCGUAGCCGAUCAAAAGAUUUAACAAAAAAAGAAAAAAAGAAAUAUAUGGAACAAAUUCAUUCCCGUCUUUUUGUAACUUUAUAGUCCUUUUUUUACGUCUUUUUUUAUACAAAUCUGACAAAGCGUCGUCGGCCAUUUAAAACGUGCGACGUCGGCGAAAUAUUAAUUAUAAUUAUUACAUUUAUUUGUAUAUUAUAGAAAUACGUCAUAUUGUAUGUUUGUAUGUGCAUUAUGUACAGGCGAAUGCAGCCCACAACAGAUUUAAAAACAAAUAUGGAAUAUACACGCGAUGAACUUGUGAAUUUAAGAAGAUUAUUACGGAAUGAAAAAUGAAUGCUACACACAUUUGUAUAAUGUAUCCAAUUUGAAACGCGAUUAUUAAUGAACAAUAAAUAAAGUAUAAGUCAACCAGCUCUGUCAUCACAUAUAUAUAUAAAUAUAUAUAUAUUCACACCAAAAUAAAACACGAUCCACAUAUUUAUUAUAAUUAAAUAACUGCAAGUACUGAUUUAACUGUUAAAAUCUAUAUGUCAUUUUAAUUAAAAAAGACAAAUACUCUGGUAUUUAUUUAAAAUAUAGGCGAACAUUUAACGGCGCUUUUAAAACGCGGCCACUUUCGAAGAUGAAAAAAAACGAGUUAAAUGAUUAGAGUCGGGCGCUUGAACGCGAUCAACAAACCUUUAGGUGACGAUUAUUAUACAAAGUGUCUUUCACGCAUCGAAUUACUGAAAGAACGUUUGAUAAUAUUAUUCGCGGCGCGUUUCGGUUUCUACGUCAAAUUCAUUAUUUUUCUGUCUAGCAGUAAUAGGAAAAAAAUUAGGGAAGACGCGAAAAAACGGAAAAAGAGAUAACUCGCGAGGGGAAUUGAAAGUGUAAGUCGCAUUUUUGUUUCAAUGGAGCAAAACUUGCGCAAAUGGACAUACUUUAUUGUAUCUAAGCAUCUUAAAGGAUUAUUAUUAAAACGAUCGAUGAAAAAUAUGAGCGCGGAAAAAUGAUUAGAAAUCGUACAUUGUGUAGAGGAUUGCGUAGGGAGAGAUGAGAGCAGUUUUUGAACGAUUGUUGAUAGCUUAACAUCGCAACGAUGGCAUUAUUUGAGAGCUGAAACGAAACUGCCGAAACUGCAAAAGAAAAACAAAUAAGUAAGCACAGAGUAGUUAGGCACCACCCAUUUACAGUAAGGCAACAAAAAGAAUCUUAUAAGAGUAAUAUUAAUGACAAUUUUACAUAUAUAUAUAUACAUAUAUAUAUGUGUAUAUAUAUAAUAUAAAUAUAUAUAAAAAAUUAUAAGAUACGACUGCUCGUUUUAUGCUCGACGCUAUACAUGAUUUCAUUGUCAUUAUUAUAUCAGCAUUUAUUAAUGAUAUAC